AUGAGUGAGACGCUAGCAGAGGGCGGCGCAUCAUCGACACCGUAUCCUACCAGGAAUUUCGGGAAACAGUCACAGACAGGCCGCCAGACGGCACAUCGUCCAUCCCGUCGAGGUGGCCCCAGGCCAGGCGAUGAGGACGCCCUGGCCGUCUUCAACGACGUGGUCGGCAAGGAACACCCUGGAGAAGCGCACCCCGAAUCCGAUGGAAUCGCUCUCUCCGCAUGGGAAUUGACAGCCAAGAUCAACGAGCUACGCCACCUCAAGGCUCCUGCCGCUCAGAGAUUGCAGACAUUUGAGACAGACAUAUGGCCGCGGAUACGCGAGAUGGGAACUCCGUUACCCCGGCACGUCUACAUGGCCGCCGGCCAGCUUCUCAAGGGCUUAUGCGAGGCCCUGCAGCGGACAAACGGACUCAAUGGACCCGUGGGGCCCCUCUUGUUCGCCAUCUACGACUCCUUGGGCAAGUACGACUUGGCCGUGAGGACGGGCAUCAUUCUCAACUCCUGUCUCGCCAUUGCCAGAGAGAGGGACGCGUCUGCUCGCCAAGCCAUGUGCCAUGACCUUGUUACCAUGUGGCAGUCCGUCUCGCAGAUGACACGGCCUACGCAAAGGGGUAUGCCGCCGCAAUGGGCCCUCCCAGACAGCGACCACGUCUCCGAGCUGCUCCGGGACGCGCGGUCGGGUCCACCGGGCUCGCGCAACAAUACCAACGCGGCCGUGAGUGCUAUCCUUAAUCAGUUCCCCGCCAGUGAAGCGCGCAAGGCUGUGCCCGGGCUGCUGGCCACCCUAGCCAUCUGCGCCGACCACCGACUAGUCAGUAACGACGUGCUCAGGGAGCUUGCGCCGCUCCUCGACCUCUCGCGUCUCGCGCUCCUUCAGUGCAGCAUGGAUGAUGCGUUUGUCGACCAGGCCCUCAACACCAAGAGUGUAGACCUCGUGGGCAGACGCCGUCCCCAGCUGGAGAGGCUGCUGCACCAGGGCUGGCCGAGGAUCGUCAAGCUUCUCGGCGACCCAAAAAUCUGGCACGAGGGCCGCGUACCCACAGCCAACAACAAGAAUAGCCACAACCCGGCCCGAGAGUCGGUGUCAUCCCUGGCGCAUAUCCACAAGCAGGCGCGCUCCGCGCUAGCGACAGACAACACGGGGGCUAUCGUGUCCAUCUGGCGCAAACUUCGUGCGUCGCAGGAGGCCAGCGAGUCGCGGUCGUCAGAGAUGCGCGACGACGGCGAGUUCAUGGAUUUCUGGCACUUUGUGUGGUGCGCGCAGCGGCGACCCGACCUCCUGCGCGAGACGCAGGAUGUCAUGAACAGUAUCGGGCUCAGGCCGACCAUAAAGACGUACACGGCCAUGAUGCACGGGUGGAAGCUGUCGCGGGAUGCGGGCAAGAUUGACGCCAUGUGGGAUAUGCUCAUCGCCUCGUCCGUCAGGCUGGACACGCACUCGUGGACGGAGCGCAUCUCGGGUCUGAUUGAGCUGGGCCAGGUGCAGAAGGGCAUCGAUACGCUCGGUGACAUGAUGGAAAGGUGGAAGAAGGCCAGCAGCAGCAGCCACUUCCAUGGACCAGCGACCGCCGACGACCUCGAAGGACACGAUCUCACUGCCCCCCCGGCUGCCGUUCAGCCCACCAUACAAGUUGUCAACGCUGCCUUCAAGCCUCUGAUGCGCAAGGACAAGCAGACGGCAUACGCGGUGCUCAAGUGGGCGGGCCAGGAAGGCAUCAAGCCCGACGUGCUGACGUACAACAUCCUCCUCCGAGAGUGCUUCCGCGACGCCGGCACGGGAGAUGAUGUGCAGGAGCUCCUCAAAAGCAUGAAGGAUGAAGGGAUCGAGCCCGACGCCGCCACCUUUACCAUCCUGCUCGACGAGGUGCUAGGAAACCUGGGCCAGGCAUCACCUGCAGAGCAGGUGGCGGCGAUUGACCAGAUCAUGGCCGACAUAAAGGCCGCCGACGUGACGCCCAACCUCGAGACGUACGGAAAGAUGCUCCACGCCGUGGCGUCUCUGCCCUCGGGCUCCGCGGCGGCGGCCAUCGAGUCGGUUCUGGGCCAUAUGCGCUCUACGGGCCACCGCCAGAUAUCGCCGCACAUGGCCCUCAUCCUGGUGAGCCGGCAUCUCAAGGACCCGCAUCCCUCAUCGACGGGCAUCAGGGCCCUGCUGCAACACCACGGCUUUGCGACGGUGCAGUCGGGGGAUCAGCGACUGUGGGAGCACGUCAUGAGCGCGUAUGCCGGGUUGGGCGACACGGCUAGCGCGAUGGGCCUGUACCACGACCUCAAACGGCACGGGCGCCCCGUUACUCGCCUGUUCUCGCUGCGCGAUCUGCUUGUCGCGCUCAUCGAGAAGGAAGAAUGGGAGGAUGCCCGCCUCGUGGUGGAUAACGCACUUACUGAGUUGGCUGGGGAGACCGAUGUCCGCGACAGGGGGUGGCGCCAUCACUUCUGGCACAGCGCGUACAGGUAUGGACUGUUUGACUGGGAUACGGCACCGGCUGGUGUCAAGCGUGUCGUGGAUGAGCAGCGGUUUUUGGCGGAUGUGCAGGAGAGAAGGUAA